AUGGGAUCAGCACCACCCAAGCCGCAAAUCUACUGCCAUACAAUCGACCGCAACAACUCCACCGAAGAAGCCAUCGCCAGCUUCUUCGCCCUCGGCCAAGAAGUGUUCAGCAAGUUCGAACGCGGCAAUCCACCAUCGAGCCACCUCUCAACAUGGGGAAACUACAUCCAAAUUGAAGACGCCAUGGUUGCCUACACCACACAGGAGCCCGAACCAAAUCCAUCGAAAGCACUAGGCCUCUUCUUCUCCCUCCCACGCACUCACUCUCAGGUCGGAUAUGAGUUACCACACAUAUGGAUUGCAGCCGUUAAGGAACCAUAUCGGGGUCUCGGUAUGUUUCCCAUCCUCAUGAACCGAGUCAAGCAACACGCCCGCGAGUGCGGUCAUAGGGAGAUGACAGUCUGCACAUACCCCGAGCGGAUGGAGAAGAUGUACAGACUCCUACGCCAGGACGGAUGGGACGAGAUCGGCAGAACAGAAAACGGCGCCAAAGUCGUCAUGAAGCUCGCAUUGUAG